AUGGCUGAGGCCAGUGUAUCAGUAGAUCAGCUCUCAUUGGACCAGUUCAGCUGUCCAGUAUGUCUGGAUCUCCUGAAGGAUCCAGUAGCUAUCCCCUGUGGACACAGUUUCUGUAUUAAUGGCUGCUUGGAUCAGGAGGAUCAUAAGAGCAUCUACAGCUGUCCUCAGUGCAGAAACGCUCUCACUCCAAGGCCUGUUUUAUACAGAAACGACAUGUUGGCUGAAGUGGUGGAGAAACUGAAGGAGAAGACUGAAGUCCAAGAUGCUUCUCCUGAUCACUGUUACGCCGGACCUGGAGAUGUGGAGUGUGAUUUCUGCACCGGGAGAAAACACAAAGCCUUCAGCUGUCCAGUAUGUCUGGAUCUCCUGAAGGAUCCAGUAGCUAUCCCCUGUGGACACAGUUUCUGUAAGGUGUGUAUUAAUGGCUGCGGGGAUCAGGAGGAUCAGAAGAGCAUCUACAGCUGUCCUCAGUGCAGAGACACUUUCACUCCAAGGCCUGUUUUAUACAGAAACGACAUGUUGGCUGAAGUGGUGGAGAAACUGAAGGAGAAGACUGUAGUCCAAGAUGCUUCUCCUGAUCACUGUUACGCCGGACCUGGAGAUGUGGAGUGUGAUUUCUGCACCGGGAGAAAACACAAAGCCGUCAAAUCCUGUCUUAUCUGUGUGGCUUCUUUUUGUGAAAUUCACCUCAAACCUCAUCUUGAAGUUUCUGGCUUGAAAAAACACACAAUAGUUAAAGCCUCAGCAAAACUACAAGAGAAGAUCUGCUCUGAACAUGGCAAACUAAUUGAGAUCUACUGCAGGACUGAUCAAACCUGCAUCUGCUAUUUGUGUGCGGUGGAUAAUCACAAAGGUCAUGAAACAAUCACUGUUGGAGCAGAAAGAGCUGAGAAACAGAGUCAGUUAAAGGAGGUGCAGACGGAAUCUCAGCAGAGAAUCCAGGAGAAGCAGAAGAAGGUGCAAGAGCUGAAACAGGCUGUGGAUACUAUAAAGCAAAGUGCACAGACAGCAGUAGAUGAGGUUAAAAGGACAUUUACUGAGUUGACCAGCUUCUUAGCGAAAAAGCGCUCGGAGAUGAUAGAGAUGAUCAGAGAUCAGGAGAGGGCUGAACAUUUCCUAGAACAACUGGAGCAGGAGAUUGCCGAUCUUUAGAGGAGAGUCACUGAGCUGGAACAGCUUUUAGACACAGAUGAUUGCAUCCAUUUCCUUCAGGCUUUGCCUUCUGGAGGCCAGUCUUCAAUGUCUGAAAGACCAGAUUUGGACAGAUCCGGCAUCACUGUCCGUCAACAUCGCUCAUUUGAAGGACUGACGAAUACUCUUUCAGAUCUGAAGAAGAUAGUCGAAGAAUUCUGCG